AUGACAACGGGUUUCGUGAUCUCGGGGUAUUUCCUCCCCAUAGUAGGAACUCUGCUGAUCGCCUACCUCUUGGGUACGAUCGUGUACCGUCUCUGCCUCCACCCUCUCGCAGGCGUACCUGGACCCAUACUCGCAGCUCUCACUUACUGGUACGAAUUUUACUAUGACGCCAUCCAGCCUGCACAAUAUGUCUUCAAGAUCCAGAAGCUACAUAAAGAGUUCGAACCAGUAGUACGCACCACACCCGCGGAGGUGUCAAUCGCCGAUCUCGACUUUAUAGACACGAUCUACUCUCCUGGCCCAAGCCAAAAGCGGGACAAGGACAUCGAAAAGGUCAAGGCCUUGGUGCUCGAUAGUUCCAUCGGAGGCGCAGUGGGCCACGACCUCCACCGGAGGCGACGCAGGGCUCUCAGUUCCUUCUACUCGCCUCGCCAGGUCCUACGAGUUGCUCCGGACGGAGAGGUCCUGAACCUUUCAGACCUUUACUUCGGCUUUGCCAAUGACUUCGGGUUUGAUCAGAAUCUUAUGGCAGGCCUCCCAGGGGCACAUACGAGACGCGAGAACUUCAAUGGUGUCCUGAGAGCUGUGAAGCUCAACUCGCAGUUCACGUGGGUCAGAGAUCUCUUGCGCUAUCUUGCCCGCUCCCUGCCUCUUACACUGUCAAGCUACAUUACUCCACGUGGUAUUCGCGAUAUGAUCAAAGCCCGUCUUCACAUUCGCAAGAAAAUUGUGGCCGUACUAGAAACGGACACAGUCGGUAGAGUCGGCCAGGAAAACAUAAACUCCAUUUUCCACGAGCUACACAAUGACCAUAAGCUUCCCCAGUCCACUGCUGAACUAUUGCAUAGCCACAUGUCCUUUGCAUAUGAAUUCGAGCCGCAGCCAAAUGACAUAGGUCUGAAAUAA